CGGGGGUCACGUGACGCGCUGCGCGGCGGCCAUUUUAGAAUCGGAGAAUCCGCAGCGACAGAGGCGGAGACGGACUUUCCUGCUUCAGCCCAGAUCUAUUUCUUUUAGGUGGUGGUGAGACAUCAGGUCAUCAGAAUAAUUCUGUACAACCAUAUUUUUGGCUGUGUUGCAGCUUGAUUCACGGCUGGAACCCUGUUCUGGCACAAACUAGAAGGGAACGCCGAGUUGAUAACCACAGCUUUCUGAUGCACUAGUCUCUAUGGCUGCCAGCGCUCGACUUCGGGUCAGACGCUGUCCCCACCAAUAUUUGAACUAACAAAUUAACUGCAAAUACACGUAUCAUUCUGGAUAAAUCGAUGUUCCACUCUGUCCAAGAUCGAUAUAUUCUUCCUCGGGUACAGUGGCCGAAACGGCUCAGCAGUACUUCAGCGGUGCUGAGACCAAUUGUAGUGUCCCUACUGCCAUCCUAGGCGACCGUGUAACCAGCUGAGCUACUGGGCGAAACUUGAAGUUAGCCAGAGGGCUUUGUGAACCAUAAAGGGAUUACAACCAGACCAAUUCAUCUCUUGUUAGCCACUCAGAACAACACAUCUUGGGGAGUCUCCAACACCGGUUGUAGGUUGGGGACCUGACCUGUGGUCAAGAGCUGUUCUGUCGAAGAUAACGAAAUGGCAGCAGAGACUCAGACGCUCAACUUUGGACCCGAAUGGCUUCGUGCGUUGUCCAGUGGUGGAAGCAUUGCCUCCCCACCACCUUCACCUGCAUUGCCAAAAUACAAAUUAGCAGAUUAUCGAUAUGGAAGAGAGGAAAUGCUAGCACUUUAUAUGAAAGAUAACAAGGUUCCUGAAGAGUUGUCGGACAAAGAAUUUCUGGCUAUCUUACAAGAUGAGCCGCUCCUGCCCUUAGCGCUUGUACCUCUUACAGAGGAAGAGCAGAGAAAUUUUUCUAUGUCUGUGAACAGCUCUGCAGUGAUGAGGUUGAUGGGGCGGGGAGGAGGAGCCCCAUCAGCAGGGGUUGUCAGAGGCCGAGGCAGUGCGAGGGGCCGAGGUCGAGGACGAGGGGAAAGUGGUUACUACCAAAGAAGUUUCGAAGAUGGUGAAGGGGGGUUUGGUCGUGGGGCACGUGAAAUGCUGAGAAGUCAAAGCUGGGAGGAAAGGGGUGACAGAAGAUUUGAGAAGCCUGGACGUAGAGAUGGAGUACGGGUAGGGUUUGAGGAAGUAGCUCCCACGACACGCAAGCAGGAUUUUGCACGUUCCGACAGCGAGAACUGGCGAGCCAUUCGAGAAGAACAAAAUGGUGAAGAGGAUGAUGGAGGCUGGAGGACAGCUGGAGCAAGAAGAGAAGGUGACAGGUGGCGGCCCCCAAGCCCAGAUGGUCCUCGCUCCGCAGGCUGGAGGGACCACGCUGAUCAGCGGCGGCGGAGGUUUGACUUUGAUUUCCGGGAGCGAGAUGAGGAGCGUACAUACAGGAGGGGCAGGACAGGCAGUGGAAGCUACGAAGACGAGAAGGAUAAUUUACCCGAGUGGUGCCUGGAAGAUGCAGAAGAGGAAAUGGGGACGUUUGAUUCAUCUGGCGCUUUCAUGUCAUUAAAGAAAGGUUCCAAGGAACCGAUACCCGAAGAGCAGGAGCUGGAAUUCAGAGGGGUGGAUGAGUUGGAUGAACGACCGGAAAAUGAAUAUGAUAUGGAAUUUUUUAAGGAGUCUGAUAGGACGGAAAAUGAGGAUGCAGACAGAACCGAUCUGCCAGCAGAGGUGUACAAUGGCAAGAUCUCGCCAUCGUGUUCGUCAUCCUCUCCCUCGGAAUCUCAGGCCCAGGAGGUGUUUCUCGCGGUACCAGAAGAGUGUGAGCCCGUUACACACAGGGCAGAGCCUGACAUGGCGGAUCCUGCGUCAGACACCCAGGGACAGAACAAACCUCCUGCUGAUGAAGCUGUCAAUGUGGGCCAGCCUGCUCAGCUAAGUCCAGCAACAGUGUCCACUUUAUCAUCAUCUUCUCCUUCCUCCUCUCCUCCCUACCCCGGCACCGUUGCUGAAUUCGUGCCGGUGGACAAUGACGAUGACGAAGGAAUGAAACGUUUUGAACAGGAGGCUGAGAAAAUGGUGGCGUCGCUGCAUGACAACUCGCUGGACGACGAGCGGUUUGUGGAGAUGAUGCAGGAUCAGAGGAGCCGAGCUGCUGCUGCCUUACCCCUUUCACAUGAGGCAGCCAUGAAAUGGUUCUACAAGGAUCCGCAGGGAGAAAUCCAAGGUCCGUUUACGACGCAGGAAAUGGCUGAUUGGUUCCAGGCUGGAUAUUUCCCCAUGUCCCUGCUGGUCAAACGAGGUUGUGAUGAGGGCUUCCAGCCUUUGGGAGAUGUGAUUAAAAUGUGGGGAAGAGUGCCUUUUGCUCCUGGACCCUCUCCACCACCAUUGCUGCUUGUCCCUUACUCUGUAAACCACCAACCAAGCAACCAAGAGAACGGACAAGUGGAAUUGUGGUCUCCUCACAGCCCUGCUGAAAAUGCUACUUUGUGUCAGCAGGGCGAUAUGGACCAGGGGAGACUGAAAAAGCAGCGGGAGUUGGCAGCUGCCCUGUAUCAUCAGCUUCAGUACCAGCAAUUUGUACAACUAAUAAACAGCCGGCAGCAGCUUGUGCAGUGUGCGCUACAGCAGAAGGCAAACAUGACACCCCAACAGCAGCAGCAACUUGUGCUGUUCCUACAGCAGAUCCAGGCCCUCAAAUCAAGGUGUGCAGAGCAAAAUUUGAUUCCUGCCAUCAACAGAUCUAUGUCAGUGCCCGAAACGGGGUCUCUCUGGGACCUUCCGACCUCUGCUUCACAGCCCUCAGGGUGCGAAGCAGGUAGCUUGUGGGAUUCAGCAUCUCAGGGUCCGCUACUGGAACAAAUUCAAAAACUAGAGCGAGAGAAAGCUACAAAACUAAAGCAGGAGCGAAGAGACGUAGAACUCAGGAACAAAAGGGAAGAGGAUGACAGAAAACGGCAGGAUGAAAUCCGGUGGCAAGAGGAAGAACGCAAGCGUAGAGAUGAGGAUGAGCUAACUAGGAGGAAGCAGGAGGAGGUGGUCCGAUUUCAGAGGGAGCAACAGGAGGAGGCCGCCCGACGCCAAAGAGAGGAGGAGGAUCGCCGACAAGAGGAAGCCCUGAGGCGACGUGACGAGGAAGAAAGGCGGCAGAUGGAGGACAUCCUCCGAAAGCAGGAGAAAGACCGGCGGCAGCAGGAUGAGACCCGGCGGUGGCUGGAGGAAGAGGAGAGCAGACGCCAGCUGGAGGAAGAGGCCAGGCGCAGGCUCGCUGAGGAGGAGGAACGCAAACGCAAGGAGAUGGAUUUACAGCUUCAGCGGCAGCAGGAGCUGCUGAGACACAGACAGCAGCAGGAAGCACUGAGGCGCUUGCAGCAGCAGCAGUUAGCACACAUAAAGAUCCCAUCUUCCAAUUCAUGGGGGCAGCAGUCCAACUCCGGAGCACCUCUCCAGAAGCUGGAGGAGGAGCGGGAACGGGAGCGACAGCGCAGGGAGGAGCAGUGCCGUCAGCAACAGGAGAUAAUGAAGGCCCUUCAACAGCACCAGCAGCAGAAGUCACCUGGCUGGAACAAUAUCCCCAAGCAGUCAAUGUCUGUCAAAUCACUACUGGAGAUGCAGCAAGAGCUGCAGAAACAGCAACAGCAAAGGGCGCAGGCACGAGCACAUUCCAGUAUACCUAUCAACAACUCAUCAGUGUGGGGAUUGCCCGGUCAGUGGGGGUCUGAUAUGAACAGCAUGUGGAGUGUACAUGAAAGUAAGAACUCUAACAUAAGCCUAUGGGGGGACGAAGCUGUGAAGAGCACGGGCCCUGUGAUCAGGAGCGCAGGGCUGAAGAACAGCAGGAGCAGUCCCUCACUAAGCGACUCGUACGGGAUUCCUACCAGACCGAGUAAAAAGAAGACUGAAGAGGAGGAGAAGUUACUGAAGCUGUUCCAGGGAAUGAACAAAACCCAAGAUGGCUUCACGCAAUGGUGUGAGCAAAUGCUGCAUGUUCUUAACACAGCCAACAACCUGGAUGUCCCCACAUUUGUAUCCUUCCUUAAAGAAGUGGACUCGCCAUACGAGGUGCAUGAUUACAUCCGUGCUUAUCUGGGUGACACCCCGGAGGCCAAAGAGUUUGCCAAGCAGUUCCUGGAGCGUCGUGCCAAACAAAAGGCCAACCAGCAAAGGCAGCAACAGCAACAGUUAACAAAGGAGCUUUUAAGCCUCACCGGGAACCUCGCUCUGCAGCCUGACAGGUUACAGGACUCUAUCUGGGGGAUCAGUUCAAACAGCCUACAGUCACUAUUCCAGGGGAACCACAACAGUGCACAGCAGUCGUCUUAUGAGAGCUCGCAAGCUGGGAAAAAGAAAAAGAAACAAAAGAUGGUGCGGGCUGAUCCGAGUAUUCUGGGCUUUUCUGUGAACGCGUCGUCAGAGCGACUGAACAUGGGAGAAAUAGAGACAAUGGAUGACUUUUAAACAAGGUUUAAAAAAGAGAGAUACCCCUUAAAGCUGCCUUUUAAAUCCUACUCGACCGUACCUGGAACAUGCUUCAUGGCAGGUGGUCACAGUGAUGAAUCCAGGAUCUCUGCUCCCUCUGCUGCCAAGGAGUGUGGAAUUCACUUCAUUUUUUUGGUGAACCCUCUGGGUACUUCUGUUCUUCAUCGGAUGAAGCACCUUAAUAAACAUGCACUUUAUUAGACGUUGUACAGAGACUGAAACUGGAGGUUUUCUUGAAUUUAAAAAAAAAGUUCCUUUUUUUUGGAAAUAUAUCUGCAAAACACUGUUACUGUUUUUUUUUAAAAAGAAAAAAAUGUGUUUUUUUUUGUGUUGGAAAGGAUGUGGAGCCUGAAGAAAUGCACUUACACAGACUGAAUGCAGAACUGGAACUUUUGAUGUGCUAUAGUUUGGACAAUGUGAUUGCGAGUUUGGGUCCCUAAGAAAAGGAGAGAGGGAGAGAGAGAGUAAGAAAGAGAGAGAGAGAGAGACAGGGAAUCCAAGAGUCAGGAGGCCACUUUCUGAGUUUUACUUUGGUUGCGCACACAGCACCAAGCUACAUUGGACUAACCAGAAGAGCACUGCGCAAGUGUGGAUUUUCAGCGUUUACGUGGUGCUUUAUACAAGGAAUGUAAAAAAAAAAAAAUAAUAAAUAAGUAACUUGGACAGGGUGGUUCAAGUGGACUGCUGCGUU